CUCUAUACAGCCCUCCGGUGCGCACUCUCUGAGGUUUUACGAUCUGCAGCCAGCUUUGAUUGUGAGAUUUUUCACAAUGCCUCGCCAUCAGUUAGAAAACAACACAAUGCAGGCAAAUGUUAGAACUUACUAUCAGCAAUUUGAGCAGCAACUGACCCAGAGCUUAAUCGACCAAAGGAUCAAGGAACAUCUUGGCCAAGCUGCUGUUUUCCAGCAGGUUGGAGCUGCUUUUAAUCAACAUCUAAUGGCUCAGAGGCCCCGACUUCCUGUGCUUCCAACACAUAUUAUGCCCAUUCCAGGGGCUGCACCGUUACCUGUAAAUCAACUAAUGGUCCCAGGAAUUAGGCCUCCUGUUCUGCCAAGACCAGUUCCAGGUGCUCCAGGUUAUAUUCCUGUUCCAGUCAUGCCACCAAUGAUGGGACCACCUGGUGCUCCUUCCUUGCCUGGUCAAGUAAAUGGCCUUCCAUGGCCUCCUACAUUGGCUCCCCCCAACAACAGUUCCUGGAGCUGCAAUGACACCCACUUCUUCUAUUGGAGCACCCAUAAUGGCUACGCCAGAAGCUAAUCAUUAAUCUGGUUAAACUCGCAUGCUUUGCUUCCAUAUCUUAAGUAAGAGAUUAAGUAAGCCCAUGUAUUUUAUUGAACAUGAAGCUUUCCAAUUAUCAAGGGUGUAUGGUAAUAUUUUUUAGAAGGGGAGUUUGUGUAUUAGACUUGAAGCAUAUGGAGAAUGUGAUAACUUGAUAAA